AAAAACAAAGUGUCUGCUUCAUAUAGGCUGAGAUGCUGAAAGAAUAUUCUGUGUCAAAUGCAACAAAACAGUACAGUUGUGAGAGGAUGGGACCCUUCGAUUUCUUGUCCUUGCAACAAAAAGAGCAUUGGUGAAAGAAACUUCAAUUUCAAUUACAAAGAGGAAAACAGAACAAAGAAGAAGGAAGCUCUUUGGAGUGGUAGGAGAUGACACAAACGUCCUUCAAUGGGAAACUGAUCUCGGCAUUCUUCUCCUUCACCUGUAUAAAUAUGUGCCUGACCGCCACGGACGACCCGGGCAGCGUUCUCCGGUUCCGAUCAGGCUCCCCGAGCUUCAAUAUCGCUCUCUUUGCGGACCUGCAUUUUGGGGAGGAUGCUUGGACUCAUUGGGGUCCUCUUCAAGAUGCCAAUACCUCUCGUCUCAUUUCCACUGUCCUCCAUCAUGAGAACCCAGCAAAUGCAAGUUUGUACUGGGAUCAGGCAAUCUCUCCAACAAAAGCCAGAGGCAUUCCAUGGGCCACUGUGUUUGGAAAUCACGACGACGCACCGUUUUCAUGGCCGAUCGACUGGUUUUCUUCCACCGGAAUUCCUCCACGUCAUUGUCAGGACGAUGUUACCUCAUGUUCAGGAUCAUCGGAAGAAGAAGAAUGUGAGUUAUUUAAAGGUACACAACGUUUGGAGUUGAUGAAAAAUGAGGUGGAGAAUAGCAAGUUAUCACAAUCUAGAAAUGGUCCAAAGAAUCUGUGGCCUAGUGUAUCCAACUAUUACAUUCAAAUCUCUCCAUCAUUACAAGACGAUUUGGAAUCACCAGUAAUAAUGUACUUGUAUUUCUUCGACUCUGGUGGUGGUUCUUAUCCUCAAGUCAUUUCCAGUGCUCAAGUAGAAUGGUUUCGCCAAACAGCACAACAACUCAAUCCUCAUUUUAGGGUACCAGAGAUUGUAUUUUGGCACAUACCAAGUGGAGCAUAUGAGGAGGUAGCUCCAUCUAAUUCCAUAGAAAAGCCUUGUGUUGGUUCAAUUAACAAGGAGAAAGUUGCUGCUCAACAAGCUGAAUUUGGCAUCAUGAGUUUGCUUGAACAAAGACCUUCUAUCAAGGCAGUGUUUGUAGGACACAACCAUGGAUUGGAUUGGUGCUGUCCUCACAAGACUAAAAACAAACUUUGGCUGUGCUUUGCAAGGCAUAGUGGGUAUGGUGGCUAUGGCAACUGGCCAAGAGGAGCUAGGAUCCUCCAAAUCACACAACCCUUCUCUCUUAAAUCUUGGAUUAGGAUGGAGGAUGGCCAAUUACAUAGUGAAAUCAUCUUAAGCCUAUAGAUUGUUUGAAUUCUAUCAUUUGUUUCAAAAGUAUCCAUUAAAAAGUUGCAAGAUUA